AUGCCUGACAAUGGUGCCGUUGAUACCCCCGGCUCGGAGACCCCAGUAUCUGAGUCCGGGGAUGAUCGCGACAGACAAAUCACUACUCUGGCACGUUCUCUCUCACAAGUCUCACGACAGAACAGCCUCAGGUCCGGUGAAACCUCAGAGGGUAUCAACACCUUUCUCGACUCCACCAGUGACCCAGAGCUAGAUCCCAACAGUGGCCAGUUUAAAUCGCGCAAAUGGGUGAAGAACAUCAUCCAGAUGACCUCUCGCGAUCCAGACCGGUACCCGCGUCGCACAGCAGGCGUCUCCUUCCGCAAUCUCAAUGCUUUCGGCUAUGGCACCGCGGCAGAUUAUCAGAUGAACCUUGCCAACUUCUGGCUCAAAGGCGCCGGGUGGUUCCGCAAUAUCCUUGGCUUCCAGAAGAAAGUACGCAUUGACAUCCUGCGAGACUUUGAAGGCAUUGUUCACAGUGGUGAGAUGCUGGUUGUGCUAGGUCGCCCGGGAAGUGGAUGCUCUACCUUCCUCAAAACCAUUGCGGGAGAAACGCAUGGCCUCUAUCUUGACAAAGAGAAAGGGUCCGAGGUGCAGUAUGAAGGCAUGUCCUGGGAGGACAUGCACAGUCGUUUCCGCGGCGAGGUCAUCUUCCAAGCCGAAAACGAAGUUCACUUCCCUCAGCUGACAGUCGGUGAUACACUGCUGUUUGCCGCUCACGCUCGAGCGCCGAGUAACCGACUUCCCGGUGUUACACGCGACCAAUAUGCAAUGCAUAUGCGAGAUGUGGUAAUGACGAUGCUUGGCUUGACCCAUACCAUGAACACCAAGGUCGGCAGUGAGUUCAUUCGAGGUGUAUCCGGUGGGGAAAGAAAGAGGGUCAGUAUCGCCGAAACCACUCUGUGUCGAUGUCCUCUACAGUGUUGGGACAACAGCACUCGUGGACUUGAUAGCUCCACGGCCCUUGAAUUCGUUAAGAACAUCCGCCUCUCCACUGAUUAUACUGGAUCGACCGCUAUAGUGGCGAUCUAUCAAGCAAGUCAGUCCAUAUACGACCUGUUCGACAAAGCGAUUGUGCUCUACGAAGGCCGCCAAAUCUAUUUCGGUAGUGCGCGCAAUGCACGUCGCUUCUUCAUCAAGAUGGGAUUCCAUUGCCCAGAGAGACAAACCACUGCGGACUUCCUCACUUCCCUCACCAGCCCUUCGGAACGCCUUGUUCGCCCCGGAUUUGAAGACCUCGUUCCACGCACACCCGAUGAGUUUGCCGCACGCUGGAAGGAUAGCCCGGAGCGUAAGCGGCUUCUCGCUGAGAUUGAAGCAAACGCCGCUGGAAACACCGUUGGAGAGUCAAAGUUUGAGCAAUUCAGCCGCUCUCGUGCAGCAGACAAACCCAGGUUUACUCGUGCAGCCUCCCCAUACACACUCUCGUAUCCGAUGCAAGUCCGCCUCUGUCUUUGGCGGGGGUUCUUGCGGCUCAAGGCAGACUUGGCUAUGACGCUUGCCACGCUCGUCGGAAAUAUCUGUAUGUCUCUGAUCAUUUCCAGUCUCUUCUACGACACACCGAAUGACACCGACAGCUUCUACAAGCGUGGAUCUUUACUUUUCUUUGCCAUCAUGAUCAGUGCUUUCUCUAGCUCCCUGGAAAUCAUGAUCAUGUGGCAGCAGCGGCCGAUCGUGGAAAAACAUCGCAAGUACGCACUAUACCAUCCCUCAGCGGAAGCUAUUAGUGCGUACAUUGUGGAACUUCCAUCCAAGAUCCUGCUAGCAGUUGUAUUCAAUUUGAUCAUCUAUUUCCUGCCGCAUCUUCGGCGAGCUCCGGGCAAUUUCUUCAUCUUUUUCCUCUUUUCGGUAACAACGACCCUUGUGAUGUCCAAUAUCUUCCGGUUUAUCGGCUCAAUCUCGCGGUCUGUGGCCCAGGCCAUGCCUCCUGCCUCGGUCUUCAUGCUUAUCUUGGUCAUUUACACCGGGUUUACCAUUCCUGUCCGCGAUAUGCACCCUUGGUUCCGGUGGCUCAACUACGUGAACCCGAUUGCUUACGCCUUUGAGGCGCUGAUGAUCAAUGAGUUCAGUGGACGGUCCUUCCCGUGCUCGAAUUUUGUCCCGGGUGGCUCGGAAAUUUACAAUGAUGCGCCUCUCACCUCCAAAAUCUGCUCACAGAAGGGUGCUGUGGCAGGCCAUGAUUUCAUUGAUGGAGAGACAUACAUCAACACAACUUACCGGUACUACAGCGCGCAUCUGUGGCGAAACUUCGGAAUUCUCUGCGCUUUCUUCGUUGCCUUCUUUAUGCUGUAUCUCUUCUGCAGCGAGCUCAUCCGGGCUAAACCAUCCAAAGGUGAGGUUCUGGUGUUCCCGCGCGGCAAGAUGCCUGCGUUUGCCAAGAAUAUUCGAAAGGAGGACCCAGAGGAAGUCAUUGCAUCAGAGAAAGGUGCAGUUGCUAGCGAACCUCAGGACUCAACUGCAGCAAUUGUUCGCCAAACUUCUAUCUUCCACUGGGAGAAUGUGUGUUACGACAUCAAAAUCAAGGGGACCGAGCGACGCAUCCUCGAUAGUGUGGACGGUUGGGUCAAGCCCGGCACUCUGACGGCCUUGAUGGGUGUCACUGGUGCAGGGAAGACAUCCUUGCUCGAUGUGUUGGCCGAUCGUGUCACACUUGGCGUCGUCUCCGGCGAGAUGCUUGUCGAUGGCCGACUACGAGACGAUUCUUUCCAGCGGAAGACGGGUUACGUACAGCAACAGGAUCUGCAUCUGGAGACUAGUACUGUUCGUGAAGCUCUGGUUUUUAGCGCUCUCCUACGCCAGCCUGCCACCAUUUCUCGCCAGGAAAAGAUUGCAUACGUCAAGGAGGUCAUUCACAUGCUUGGUAUGGAAGAAUAUGCAGAUGCCGUGGUCGGAGUUGUCGGCGAAGGCCUUAAUGUGGAGCAGCGUAAGCGGUUGACUAUCGGCGUGGAACUGGUAGCCAAGCCAGAUUUGCUACUGUUCUUCGAUGAACCGACUUCGGGUCUGGAUAGUCAAACCGCUUGGUCAAUUUGUACCCUGAUGCGCAAUUUGGCCGACCACGGUCAGGCUGUACUGUGUACCAUUCACCAACCUUCGUCAAUGCUGAUGCAGCAGUUCGACCGCCUAUUAUUUCUCGCUCAAGGAGGACGCACAGUGUACUUUGGCGACCUUGGCCCGAACAUGGAAACAUUGAUCAAGUACUUCGAAGACAAAGGGUCACCCAAGUGUCCAAAAAACGCAAACCCGGCUGAAUGGAUGCUCGAGGUCAUUGGUGCUGCGCCAGGCUCUCAUGCGGAUAGAGAUUGGGCCGAACAAUGGACCAACAGUGCCGAGCGCGCAGAGGUUCACAGAGAGCUGGUUGAAAUGAAAAAGGAAUUGCCCCGGAGGCCGGCACCCCUACGGGCUGCAGGGUUUGGUGAAUUCGCCAUGCCCAUCUGGUAUCAGUUCCUCGUUUGCAUCCAACGCAUGUUCCAACAGUAUUGGAGAUCUCCGUCGUAUCUAUACGCCAAAGUCCUCACCUGCACUGCCUCGCCACUGUUCCUCGGGUUUACCUUCUGGCACAUGCCUACAAGCCUCCAAGGGCUGCAAAAUCAGAUGUUUGCAAUCUUCAUGCUCCUCGUCAUCUUCCCGGGUCUGGUCCAGCAGAUGAUGCCGUCCUUCGUCACGCAGCGUGCUUUGUAUGAGGUACGCGAACGGCCUUCGAAGGCCUACUCGUGGAAGGCAUUCAUGAUGGCCAGUAUCCUCACGGAGCUAGUAUGGAAUAUCCUGAUGUCGGUGCCAAUCUUUUUCGCCUGGUACUACCCAAUCGGCUUCUAUCACAAUGCAGAGCCCACGAACGCAGUCAUCGAACGAAGCGGCAUCAUGUAUCUGCUCAUUUUGCAGUUCAUGAUGUUCACGUCGACUUUCAGCUCCAUGAUGAUUGCUGGAAUUGAAGAGCCCGAUACUGGCAGCAACAUUGCUCAGUUCAUGUUCUCGCUGUGCUUGGUCUUCAACGGCGUACUCGCGAAAGCCUCUGAUAUGCCUAGUUUCUGGGUCUUCAUGAACCGCGUAUCGCCAUUUACUUACUUUGUGUCUUCCGUGCUCUCCACGGGCCUGACUGGAACUUCGGUGGAAUGUUCUAGCAUUGAGUGGCUCACUGUCUCGCCUCCAGAUGGACAGACUUGCGGCAAGUAUCUGGACCCUUACAUCAAGGCCAUGCACGGCGCACUACUCAAUCCCGAGGCGACGGUGGAUUGCAAGAUCUGCCCAAUGUCGAGCACAGAUCAGUUCCUCGAAAGUCUCAACAUGUCGUACUCGGAUGUUGGGCGCAAUAUCGGGUUGCUGUUUGCCUAUGUGGGGUUCAAUAUUAUCGCCGCUCUCUUCCUCUACUGGGUCUUCCGUGUCCCCAAGCACUGGUCGCGCGAGGUCAAGGAGACCUAGAAAGCUCGUCAUAUUUCUUUCUUCGGGUUGUGG